AAUCCGCGUUCAUUUUGAACUGCGUCAUCCGUCAAACCAACUGUCAAUCUUGUCAUUCCAAUUCUCGCGCAAAUCGCCAAAAACCGACGAAAAACUUAAUCGUAAUGCCCGUGGACAUUCCCGGUUUUAUAUACGCGGGGGCGGUGGCCGCCGGCGGCAUUUUGGGCUACUACAGAGCAGGGUCGAUCCCGUCGCUGGCGGCGGGGUUGCUGUUCGGGGGCGCGCUAGCGUAUGGGGCGUACCAGGUGAGCCAGGACCCCGCCAACUACUCCGUGCAGUUGGUCACCAGCUCGAUAUUGGCUGGAGUCAUGGGGUACAGGUUUUACAAUUCGGGGAAGGUGAUGCCCGCCGGGGUGGUGUGUGCACUGUCUGGGGUGAUGAUAGUGCGCAUAGCGCUCAAGGCCGCGGGCCUGACGGAGAGGAAAGUUACAUAAGUUGGGCUACGUGGUGUUCCUUUGUCUACGUAGGUCUUCCUUUGUCUUCGGUGUAGGUAUUAAAAUGUGGCAAAUCCGAUAUAUAUGUAAGGAUGAAUUGUUUUUGACGGUUAUUUUGUUUAAUAAAUGUUGUUCUCGCUAA